CAGCUGCACUUGUUGGCUUAUUAAGUGACAACAUCUCGUACCAAAUGUUUGUAUUUUAAUAUUUUGUAACUUAAUAUAUCCAACAAGAUGGACGAUUCUGCCUUCAAGUUGAAAUACCAGAAGUACAAGCUGCGGGUCAAGCUCUGGGAAAAGGAUUUCAAAAAAAAGAAUGGCCGAGUUCCAUCAAAGUAUGAUAUUCGGGAGGCCAGCCAGGAGAUACGCGACUCCUACAAAAUGUACUACAAGCUAAAAACAUCUUUCCUAGAGGAAACCCUGAACGAUGUUCUUAGUGAAGACGGAUACGAUAUCCUGGAGAUGUCACAGGCCAGCGAUCUGGGUGUGAGCAUGCUGGAACCAGAUAUGAGCGUAAAUGGAGGCCCCCGACUUCCAAUGGAUAUAUCCGCGUUGGUGGAGCCACAAAUCUCUGACAAACUGCCCGAGAUUCCGACGUCGGCGGAAGGUUCCUUUUCCAAUAUCCAGGAGCUGCCCAACCGUCAAGUGCUCACCAAUCUUGUUAAUCGCGAUGAGAACCAUGUAAUUCGCAAAUUUGAAGCAGUAGAAGAGCUGCCAAUCAAUCAAAAUGCUUGGGGAGCGGGUGUCAGCAAGAAACCAGCACCUGCAGCAUAUCCCCUUGAGGCUACCGUUUCAGCUCCAUUGCAGGACAAGCAGUCCAAGCCGGUUACUAGUCUUAAACCUAGCUUGAGCGCAAAGUUAUUCCAGUCUACGCGCGGAUUUGCCAAGCGAAAUCCCCGAAAGCCGCUGUCUCACAGUUCCGUCAAUACCUCGACUAGUUCCGUUAGCUCAGUAUCCACAAAUCCGGUAGAAGAACUUCCUGAUUUUGAAACCAUACUAAUACGUAAGGCCAAGGAGUACAAGGAAAAGGAGCUGGCCUUAGCUACAAAUCCACAUCUGACCGGCGAUCACAUCAAGGAAACCAUAAAAACCCAUGUAGACGAUGGCUGGCUGCAGCGAAAUACCAAGGAGAACACUCUUGAGGUGGAUACGCCUUUUGCGGAAGCAAAUAAUAAUAGAAGUUCUCCAAAGAAAACCAACUUUGGACUGGCAAAUCUUGAUCUGAGUAAACUGAAGCCGACUUUAAAAAAGGAACAGCCGCUACAGGUUAAGACUGAACAGGUUGCAAGCACACAGGUUUUCCAUACAGCUAACAGUUCUAUUAUAAGCCAAAACACGGCUCCUCUAGGUCAAACACCUUCCGCAUCCACCCACAAAUCGCCUACUCCUAAACAUAAGCCACGACCUGUACGGCAGGAGACGGAAUCGGAUUCCGAUUCUGUGGUAGCUGAAAGUGAUGAAGAGCCGGAGGCCGAAGAAUACCGACAGCUGGCCAAACGUCGCAGGAUUAUGCCAACAUCUUCAGGAACCAGUAAAGCACUAGCUUCAGCUGAAAUACCCAAACCAGUUGAACAAGAAGUUUUGACUUGCAGAGAUCCAGAUGAUAAAUAUGCUUUGGAUUUCUCCGCUGAUGAUGAUCAAGAUGCUUCAUACGAACCGGAGAAAGGCAAGAAAGAUAAGACGAAGCGCAAGCAAGCUGCGGGCAAACGAAAGACGGCUAAACCUAAAGCGGAACCAAAGCCAAAAGCUGAAAAGAAACCCAAAAUCAAAGCUGAGAAAAAACCGAAGCCUGAGAAGAAGCCAAGGAACACUAAGAAAUCUACUGCUGAGGAACCUGUUCCUGAAGAGAGCCAACCUUUAAAUCCCGAAGAUCUGAAAUAUGUACUUGCUUUGGAGGCAGGAGAUAUUACCUGUGUUCCUCGCAUUAAUAAGCAGGAGCUGGAAAAUGCAGAUGCAACCGCUCAACGGUAUAUUAGCACCUUCGCAACUGGAACUGUGGCACGAUCAACAGAAGGAUCGAAUAUCCAAGUGGAUGAAAAGCGAGCUGCAGCACGAAAGAAAUUGGAGGAACGAGUUGCCUCUGGUAAACUCAACGAGAACUUUGUAACCAUUAACAUUCAAAAGAAAAAGUUUGUACGUGGCAAAAAGUCAGUGAACUUCAGUAAAUACAAAAAACAGCAGUGGCGGCAAAAGAAACGUGUGGCUGCCUUGAGUGGACCCGAUAUGGACAUGGGUGGGUGUGAUGGCGGAGUGCUCACUUGCUUCCAGUGCGGCGGUGUCGGACAUUUCGCACGGAAUUGCAAGGUUAAGGGAGAUAGCUUGUUGCCUUUAUCAGGUCAACUUGAGGAGGAUCCCUCCCCAUUCCCUACGCUCGCCGAGGCCCAAGAGAUGGCCAGUCAGGGUGCAGUGGUAGCUCACAGUCGAAAUAUCUUAAGAUUACCAGAAGCUGCCAACUCCGCCAUUUUGCAAGGUGAGGAAUCCGAUGAAUCAGAAGAAGAGGUCAAAGAAAGCAGCGGUGAUGAGGAUGGAGAAAUGCAUCCAGAUCCAGAUUGGUCUGACGAAGAUGUUAACAUCGACUUUGAAGCCCUGGAUGCUGCCGUGGAAGCCUCGCAGAGUCAACCGGAUUCCCAAGAGAAAGCACUUUCACCUAUUAAGAAAUACGUAGGGCACAAGAUUCCCGAAGAGUUUCUCAAGCAGGCUGGCCUGGACCCCAAUGCUGCUACAUCGAAUCGUAGUCAGCACGGUGGAGUAAAACCUUUAUACGAUCUCCUGCCAGAUGGAAGUGUCCAGGACACCACACCCGAAGUGUUGGAAGCAUUACACAUGUUCGGUCACAGUAAUUUCAGAAAGGGUCAGGAUCGAGCUAUCAUGCGCACUCUGUCUGGGCUCUCAUCGCUUGUCACACUUAGCACGGGCAGUGGCAAAUCUCUGUGCUAUCAACUGCCUGCCUACUUAUUUAGCCGUAAAAUGGGAGCCAUUACACUGGUAAUUUCGCCGCUGGUGUCUCUUAUGGAGGACCAGGUGACCGGGGUGCCGCACUUUUUGCGCGCCCACUGUUUGCACACCAAUCAAACUGCGCCGCAGCGUAUGAAAAUCCAGCAAAUGAUCGCCGAUGGGGAAAUCGAUAUUCUUUUGGUCUCUCCAGAAGCAGUAGUUGCCGGGGAACGUGCCACAGGAUUUGGAGCUAUUCUUCGCCAGCUACCGCCCAUUGCUUUCGCCUGUAUUGAUGAGGCGCAUUGUGUGUCUCAGUGGAGUCACAACUUCCGUCCCAGCUACUUGAUGAUCUGCAAAGUACUGCGAAAAAAUCUUGGGGUUCACACAGUGCUGGGACUUACGGCUACGGCCACUUUGCCAACGCGAGUGAGCAUCAUCAAACAUCUGGGCAUUGUGGAUGGAGAACGAGGUGUUAUUAGUGACAUCCCAUUACCAGACAAUCUGGUUUUGUCCAUUUCCAAGGAUCAAAACCGUGAUGCGGCGCUGCUCCAACUACUCAACAGCGAACGCUUUGAACCCUGCCAAUCCAUAAUCAUCUACUGCACACGACGUGACGAGUGUGAGCGAAUCGCUGGCUUUAUUAGAACAUGCGUCCAAGACCGUAGGCAGCCGGCCCAGGAUACUGGCAAGAAACGAAAGCGCAUAAACUGGCAAGCCGAGCCGUAUCAUGCUGGAAUGCCCGCUUCCAGGCGGCGCACCGUUCAGAAGGCCUUCAUGGCCAACGAGCUGCGUAUUGUGGUGGCCACCAUUGCCUUUGGCAUGGGCAUUAACAAGCCGGACAUAAGAGCUGUGAUUCACUACAAUAUGCCGCGGAAUUUUGAGAGCUAUGUGCAGGAAAUUGGUCGAGCAGGGCGCGACGGAUUGACAUCUCACUGUCAUCUUUUCUUGGAUGCAAAGGGUGGAGACCAGAGUGAGCUGCGACGGCAUGUGUAUGCCAACUCUAUUGAUCGACAUGUGAUUCGCAAGCUGCUGCAGAAGAUUUUCGUGCCAUGCAGCUGCGACAAAGAUGCCUCCAAGAGGCCUGAACUUCCGAUUCCCCUUGAGGGCGACGGUCCGAGGGCGCAUGUGUGUCCAGGUCACGAGAUCGGCUUCUCUGUAGAGAAAACCGUUGAGAUGCUGGACAUUCCAGCGGAGAAUAUAUCUACGUUGCUUUGCUACAUGGAACUGGAUCCCCGGUGGUGCAUCAGUGUACUAAGCUCAGCAUAUGUGAUGGCCAAAGUAAUCUCCUACGGUGGACCCAAGUACCUAAAGCACGCUGCAAAAGAAUGUCCGCCCUUGGCCAUGGCUAUUGCUUUGCAGAUUAGGGACAAGACCUUCAAGGAGGACUCAAACAUCAUUGAGUUCUCGGUGACUGAUAUUGCCUCAGGAAUUGGCUGGAACAGCGGUGUGGUCAAGUACCAACUGAAGGACCUAGAAUGGGUAAAAGUGAAUGGAUUCCCGAAGCGAUCGCCCAUUACGGUGAGCUUCUAUGAUUUAGGAUUCCGUAUCAAGGUGCCAGGGGACUUUACGGAAUCAGAGAUCGACAGCGCUCUGGAUACUCUCUAUACGCGUUCUGUGAAACAGGAGCGUACGCAGCUUAUCCAACUACAGUAUGUGGCCCACGGAUUGGCGGCGGUGGCCUACAGCUCCUGCGGACAGUGCUGUAAUGCCGACUUUCCGCAAGAUCGUUGUGAGCAGCUAAAGGCUAUUGUGCGUAACUACUUUGCUAAUGACUACCCGCAGGAUCUGGAACUGGAAGUGGAGCCCAGCAACGUGUCCGAUGAGGAUAUCACAGCAGACGUACACGCCCUGAUCAAUAUGUAUCCGGACAACACAUUUAGUGGUCGAAACAUUGCUCGAAUCUUCCACGGUAUCAUGAGUCCAAAUUAUCCAGCCGUCAUCUGGGGACGCUGUAAAUUCUGGCGCGCCCACGUCAAGGUCGAUUUCAACCGCAUACUGCAACUGGCCAAUAUGGCUAUUGUCAAGAGGCGAACCUAACUGGGAUCAAUGCCCGCUAGCGAUUCUGAAAUUUAGUUUUCUACGGCUAACUAACUAAUAGCGAAUUGAAUUAUGUGAUGCCAAAUUAAAACAUUUUUCUUUUUUUCUUUUAAGUCUGAUAAAUAUAUAUAUAAUCAAAUAUCUA